AUGCCAGAGGAGCUUCCCAGCAAACGGGCAUCAACCCACCGGCAGGGGCAGUGGGUGGUCACCGGUCCCUCCCGGCCCCCAUGGCUAUUGGGAACAGCUGACACUGAGGGACAGCUGUCCUGUCCCAGCGGGCGCCAGGCCCAGAAGUCAGCACGGACGGGGGAGCGGAGCCCCAGCUCCAGCCCCUGCAGCACCGCCAUGCGUGGCCACGGCCUCCUCCUCAUCCUCUGCGCCCUCACAGGUGUGAGCUGCAGGAACCAGGAGGAGAAGCUGCUCCAGGACCUCAUGUCCAACUACAACCAGCAGCUGCGUCCGGCCCGGGGGGAUGAGAUCAUCGAUGUGUCCCUCAAGCUCACCCUCACCAACCUCAUCUCCCUGAAUGAACGGGAGGAGACCCUCACCACCAAUGUCUGGAUCGAGAUGCAAUGGGUGGAUUAUCGCCUGAGCUGGGACCCCGAGCAAUAUGACAACAUCCAGCUGCUGCGGGUGCCCUCCACCAUGGUUUGGCUGCCCGACGUCGUCCUGGAGAACAACAUCGACGGGACAUUCGAAAUCACCCUCUACACCAAUGUGCUGGUGUCCCCUGACGGCAGCAUCUACUGGCUGCCCCCCGCCAUCUACCGCAGCGUCUGCGUCAUCCACGUCACCUACUUCCCCUUCGACUGGCAGAACUGCACCAUGGUCUUUCAGUCCCAGACGUACAGUGCCAACGAAAUCAACCUGCUGCUGACCGUGGAGGAAGGCCAGACUGUGGAGUGGAUCUCCAUCGAUCCCGAGGCUUUCACAGAGAAUGGUGAAUGGGCCAUCAAGCACCGCCCCGCCCGCAAGAUCAUCAACUCAGAGCGCUUCACCCCAGAUGACAUCCAGUACCAGCAGGUCAUCUUCUACCUCAUCAUCCAGCGCAAGCCGCUCUUCUACGUCAUCAACAUCAUCGUGCCCUGUGUCCUCAUCUCUGCCAUGGCCGURCUCGUCUACUUCCUGCCCGCCAAAGCGGGUGGGCAGAAAUGCACCGUCUCCAUCAAUGUUCUCCUGGCCCAGACUGUCUUCCUCUUUCUGAUUGCCCAGAAAGUGCCUGAGACCUCCCAGGCUGUGCCUCUGAUCGGGAAAUACCUGACCUUCCUCAUGGUGGUGACAGUGGUGAUCGUGGUGAAUGCUGUCAUCGUCCUCAACGUCUCCCUGAGAACGCCCAACACUCACUCCAUGUCCCAGAGAGUGCGCCAGGUGUUCCUGUACCUCCUGCCCCGUUACCUGGGCAUGGCUGUGCCAGAGGAGACGCCAGGGCCACCACAAGCCAUCCGCAGACGCAGCUCCCUGGGGCUCAUGGUGAAAGCCGAUGAGUACAUGCUCUGGAAAGCCCGGACAGAGCUGCUCUUUGAGAAGCAGAAGGAAAGGGAUGGGCUGAUGAAAACYGUGCUGGAGAAGAUUGGACGUGGUCUGGAGAGUGGCAGUGCCCAGGAUUUCUGCCAGAGCCUGGAGGAGGCAGGUCCUGAGAUCCGCGCCUGCGUGGACGCCUGCAACUACAUCGCCAACGCCACACGGGAGCAGAACGACUUCAGCAGCGAGAGCGAAGAAUGGAUCAUGGUGGGACAGGUGAUCGACCGUGUCUGCUUCUUCAUCAUGGCCUCUCUCUUCGUGUGYGGCACCGUCGGCAUCUUCCUCAUGGCUCACUUCAACCAGGCACCUGCCCUGCCCUUCCCCGGGGAYCCCAAGCAGUAUCUGCCACAGUGAUGCCACAGGUGCUCACCAGCCCAGAGGUGGAGAUGGGGGAAAAGGGAACGUGGGGUGCUCACACUGUGCUGAACGUGGAAAUAAA